AUGUGCGGCCCCGGUCCUCUGGAAAAGCUCUACUUUCAUGGCUGCUUCAUCGAUCCGUUCUUUGCCCUUACCACCGAAGCCGAAAGAAUGGACUGUCUUACCGAAAACGUGAUGAGCCCGCUAAAAGAUAUGAAGUAUGUUUACUUGGAUAAGUUCAGAACGCUCGACGAGGACCAAAAGCGACACUUCAAACGCUGUAUGAGCAAGAUCACGGCAUAUCUGGAAGAAAUGAAUGAGUGGGUCGAUGAGAUCGAGGUGGAACUUGAGGAGAAGGCUGGCAUACGGCGAUGGGAUUGUAAGGUGGAAAAGUAG